AUGGAUAGCGGAAGUGACGUUGAACCACCUCCUAAAGUAUCGAAAACAGAAAUUUUGACACCUUCUCGAGCUCAGAAACUCAAGGAACUUCAUCUCAGCAUUCUGGCCCAAUAUGGAAUCAACUCAGAAUUUGAAGUCAGUCGUCCAAUGGAUGUUGUAAACAACGAAGUAGUCUGUUCCUUGAUGGCGCUGAACGUAUCAAAGAUGGAUGUGUUCCGGAUCACGAAGUCGUUGUUAGGAUUGGAUGGAAACGAGCAAUGUGAUCUUUCCAAAUUCAGAAGAAGGUUGACUUGGAUCGAAAAUCAGCACAAGAUCAAUCAAAGGAGGGAUAAGGAUAAGUCUUUUGAAUUUUUAAAAAAAUCAGCUUUUGAUGUGAAUUUUUUCGUUUUUCAAGAUGCUGAGAAUUGCUCGGAAUCUUUUUCUCCAAAAAUUAAUCCAGCUGAGCCUGAUGUCAUAGAAAAUGUUUGUGGUAGCAGUGAUUUAACUGUGUUUCGAGAAAAGGAAACUCAAACCAAUUCUUUCACUUCUGUUGAUCUUUCAUGGCCAGCAAACAUUCCACCUUUUGAGAAAAAAAUACAUGAUUCCUGCAUUUCACAGUAUGUUGAAUUGCGAAAAAAGUAUAAAAAAUUACAAAAGACCCUGGACACAUUAAAACACUGGAAGGUGUAUAACAAAAGCCUGAUCUCCAGUUCUCGAUUAUCCAAAAGAUCACUGAAAAAAGCCGUCGAUGAGCUCGUGAAGAAACUGGAGGGUUUGAUUGGAAGCCACCAGUACGCUCGUCAACUUCUGCUCAACGACGACGAUCGAAUCGGAAAAAAGUUCUUUAAUGCUUCAUCGGGAAAACAUGCAUUCGUUAUCGAUUUUCGUAUUUCGAAAGGAAAAACGACGGCAGCGGUUCAGUACGAGGGCGAGAGAAAACCGAUACAUAUCGACUUCGAUCAUUUUCAGAAGUCGAUCGAUAACGGAACAUUCCAAUUUUCUUGA